AUGUCGGCGAAGCUUUUGUAUAACUUGUCAGAUGAGAAUCCAAAUCUGAACAAACAGAUUGGAUGUAUGAAUGGGAUAUUUCAGGUGUUUUACCGGCAGCAUUAUCCGGCGAGGCGUGUUGCCGUCGCCGGUGAUGAGCUAAAGUCUCUGCCUUCAGGCAAAACAAGUGUCAGUGUCGGUGAUACGAACAUUUCAACGGACAACAAGGAAACGGAGAAGAGCAAGAAGAAGAAGGCUGCAAAGGAGAAACAGAGGGGAGUCUCCUCUGAGUCAUCCUCGAGGCUGUCGUUUUCUUCUUCACCAUGCUCCUCUAGCUUCUCAUCUGCAGAUAUCAGCACCACAACUUCUCAGUUUGAACAGCCCACGAAUAACGGUGAGAAUCCGGCAAGAGAACCGACUAACGAGUCACCAAGGUGGGGAGGUGGUUUAAUGAUGUCGAGUGAUUUAAGGGAGCUUGUGAGAAGUUCCAUUCACAAGGAGACGAGAACCAGAGAUGAAGAAGAAACCUUGUCUCAGCAGACUAAAUCAGCCAGAGCUAACGUGUCUCUUCUCAAAGAGUCAUCACCAUCUCGGAAUUCUAACGAAUGGAGCGAUGGACGGAGAGUAGUGAAGCUGAAAGACAGUCCUCGGUUCUCUUACGAUGAGAGGGAGACGAGAAAGACAGGCCCCAAGUUGAAAGAGACACCAAGGUUGUCGUUAGACAGUAGAUCGACUUCCUUCAGAAGCGCAAGAUCUAGUUCCUCACCAGAGCCGCGAGAGCUUGUAACGGGUCACAGGAGAACAACAUCCAGUGUCGUUGCCAAACUGAUGGGUCUUGACGCCAUUCCAGACGAGUCAGUCACUGAUACGAACAGAGACAACCGCUUCUGUGACUCCCCACGGCCAACUUACCGAGCGGAAGCAGAUGUACUACAAAGAUCAAGAAGUUGUGGCUCAGUCAAGAAGACGAUGCCUGCUAAGUUUCCAAUGAAAGCAGCUCCAUGGUCGCAAGGUGAAGCUGGCAAGAACCAAUUCAAAGCAGCUGAUGCUGCUACUACAAUGACAGUUUACGGUGAGAUACAGAAGCGGCUUUCGCAGCUUGAGUUCAAGAAGUCUGAGAAAGAUCUCAGAGCUCUGAAACAAAUACUUGAAGCCAUGGAGAAAACUCACCAGUUGAUAAGCAAAGAUGACGACAACAACAACAUGCAGAGAGCUGAUCAUCAAUCAACAAGCCCGUCGUCCAACAACAUCAGAUCUUCCUCUAUCGUGGUUAUGAAAGUAGCGGCGGUUCCAGUCUUCAAAGAGACGGGCAAUUCUGUUUCUCCUUCUUUCUCACCGCGGAGGGUUGCUUUACCAAAUGUUAACGUUGGAAACAUGAGGCAAACGCAGAAAGUCCCUCCGAGGAAGCAGAGCGCCAUGGAGGUGACACCUAGGCCGGGAUUUUACAAGGUUGGCCAGACAGAUUCCGCAACGAAAAACACUAGUACCAGGCCAUUACAAUCUAAAAGCGACACGACCAAGUCAGGGAAAAGCCAGAAGCCUAAUGUCAGCCCAAGAACACCGCCGAAGAAGCUCGGAUUCGAGAAGCAGUCUCGACCAACAUCUCCAAAACCAGAACCAUACAAGAUCCAGAGACAACAACUCACUAGGCAACAGACAGAAUCAGCCUCACCAAGAAGAAAACCAGGGAUGAAAUCUCGCGGCCUGCAGCAGUCUGAAGACCGUUUAAGUGACGAAAGCAGUGACUUGAGGAGUCUAAGAUCUGACAGCAACGUAAGCUUGGCCUCUAACCUUGACAUUGAGGUUACAAGCAGAUAUAAGUAUGAGAGCUCCGAGCAGCACACCCCAAAACAAAGGAGUCCAGAAUUGGGAAUGAGGUCGUUGCCAAAACCUCUGAAAGUUACGGUGGAGCAGCCUAGCCCGGUUUCAGUUCUUGAUGUAGCCUUUGAUGAAGAUGAGUCACCAUCCCCUGUGAGGAAGAUAUCCGUUCUCUUUAAAGAGGAGGAUCAUCUAAGUUCUGAAGAGUCCCAGUGGAUGAACAAGCACCGCAACUUAUGUAGAUCGAUUGUGUGGCCUGAGAGUAAUGCGAGUCUAAAGCAGCCUGAUCUCGAACUUAAUGAUGAAGGUGAGGAGUUCAAAAAUGGCGACCACAUCUACAUCUCAGAGAUACUGUUGGCAUCAGGGCUUCUAAGAGACAUCGACUACAGCAUGAUAAGCCUUCAGCUGCACCAAGCGCACCUACCGAUCAAUCCGAACCUUUUCUUUGUCCUGGAACAGAACAAGACAAGCAUUGUGACUCAACAGGACAACAAACUCAAAGGCAGAGGAUUCGGACAACAACAAACGGCGAACCUGAUAGAGAGAAGCAGGAGGAAGCUCGUAUUUGACACCAUCAACGAGAUCUUAGCUCACAAAUUCAUGGAACAAGGGUGUACGAAGCAGCCAUCCAUAACAUCAUCCAUCAGCCCGCUGAGGACAACCGACAAAAGUUCAAGAGGGAAAGAACUUCUGCAAACUCUGUGUUCAGAGAUUGAUCGAUUGCAAGAUAACUCAAAGUGUAUACUGGAUGAAGACGAUGAAGACCUCAUCUGGGAGGACCUGCAAAGCCAAGGCAUGAACUGGAAGGAGAUUGAAGGAGAGACACCAGGGAUAGUGUUAGACAUUGAGAGGCUAAUCUUCAAGGAUCUGAUCAGUGAAGUUGUGACAAGCGAGUUGGCAGCUUUUCCAGGAAUGCUCAGUGGGCAACCCAGGCAGCUUUUCCAUUACUAA